UUAUGUCAUACUGACCCUGUUUUGGUUCUGUCAAUAAUAAAAAGAACUAAAAAUUAUCAACACAAUAUGUUAGAAAUUAUAAACGGAUUCCUAGUCGUGUAUUUUGUUAUUCUUUGUACUCUGAGUGCCAUAGUACCAAUAUUAGUAAAACCGAUAGCAGCAUGUUUUUCGAGACCAUCAAGCAAAGAACGUUCAAUUUUAACUGAAUUGAUAAAACUCAAAGCUGAACAACAGAAGAUAUCAAUGAAAGACGAGUUUGCAGCUUACUCCAAAUUACAACGUAAAAUAAAUAAACUCGAUAGUGAAUUGAAAGAAAAUUCUCAAUCACGAUUAAGCAAAAGCUUAGCUAUCAAAGGAUCAAUAAAUAUAAUUUUACAAGUAGUGGUUGCAUUAAUAAUAAUCAUAUCCGUGAUUUGGUUCAGACGUGAACCAAUUGUAGCUUUGAAUUCGAAUCUGUUUCCUUUCUCAACAAUGCUUAGAUAUCCCAGUGAUAUGCCAAAUGCCAUCUCUACUCAUGUGUGGGUAGUGAUAUCAAAUGUAUCAAUAAGAUCCUUACUUAAACCCAUUUUAUCUUAAUAUACUAAUUUUAAAGUUUUUGUAUAAAUUUAUGUAAAAUAAAAAACUACUAAGUAUUUCAGUGCUUCCUAUGCCUAAAAUGAGGACUUAAGUGUUUGUAAUCAAUAUUAAUAUUUGAAAUUGAAGGAAAUGUAGCAUGGUACAAUAUUAAUAACAAAAAUUUUCAUUUUAUUAAAAAUCUAAAUUCUGACUACUGUAGGUGGCAUCCAUUUGUAAUGUAUUAUAUCUGACUUAUGCGGCAUUAUAUAUAAUAAACGAGGGUGGGUAUAACAAA